CAGAUCAGAAUCCGAUUGAACACAGAUAUGCCGGUUCAGGUGGACGGCGAGCCUUGGAUACAAACGCCCGGCGAAGUCGUUAUAUUAAAGUCAGCCCUAAAGGCAACAAUGCUUAGGAAGUCGAAAAUGAAGCGACGAAACACUGAGCCAUCCCUCACAUCAUCCGAGAAGUCGAAGUCAGAAAUAAUAGCAUCAGAAAAGACUUCAAUCACCGAAAAGUCUGAUGAAUGAAGUCUAUAGUUAUUAGGAAUAUAUAUAUAAACAAACAAAAUAUUAUUUUUCUUUUUAUAUUCUUUGAAGAAUUUCUUCCGAUUUGAUUAACAAUUCAUUUAUGACUACAAUUCAUAAGACAAACGUUUUCUAUGUUUUAUAUGUUUUACUGUUUAAGAAUUAGUUGUCGAC